CUGAAAUGUGAUGGGCGAUGGGGAUAGGCUAUGGCCAUCGCUUCGGUGUAGUUGUGGGAUUGCUGACGAAGAGGUAUUAUAGCCUAGAUCUACAAGGCAUUUCAAUCAUCAGUUGCCUACAUGUACAACAUAAAGCUCAUAUUACGGAGCGUUGAUGCCCGAGGAGGGAAAAAGAAGAGAGAAUACAUGCCAUUGCUGUUUCUCUGGGGGGAAGAGAGAAAUAUAUGCAGCACACAGCCCCGAGCUUCUCCCUUGCCUACCAUUUCAUGUCCCUGAUUUUGGUCCGAUACUGAAGAAUUCUCAAACAAUGUCUCUCCAAAAGGCGCCCAUCCUAUACACCGACGACAGUCCACGUGUUGGUGGCCGUGAGUAUCUGGGGUGUUUCAGCAUUGACAAAGUCCGGCAACGCCUCGACCAGCCUCUUCUGGAGCCUCUUGGUACUGCCGAGCGAGAAAACGAGACAGCUGUCGAAGAGGAGAUUGCAGCAGUUGAACAAUUUCAGCAGUUGAAAAUCACUUUCUUCCAAACCGCGCUUGCUCUGCUCUCCAUGUCAAUUGCAAUCCCUCGCACAGCACAGCGGGCCUACAGAGUUGGGAGACAUCGAAAUAACUCUACAGCAGCUUCAUCAAUCACAUGAGGCUGGCUGUUGGUUCUGUACAAUCAUCUAUGGUGGCAUCACAGCGGCGUUCUUUGGGACAUUGAGUCAAAGGGCAAGCGUCCAAAGCAUACAUAUUUGGAUGAACGUGAAAGAAAGUGUUCCCAACCCGGUCUUCUACCUUGAUAAAGACAAAGGUUGGUCCUCAUUACAUAGUGCUGGAAUCACAGACUUGGAGAAAUUUUCAGUUGCAAUGCCCCCUUGCCAACAAUUGCUUUCUCGCAGAAACGCACCAUUCUACGUCC